GUUUUUAUCAGAAAAUGCCAUGCAAUCACUUCCUCUCAUCACUGACUCCAAGUCUAAGGCCUCAUCGGAACCUCACAACUCCUCAGCAUUCUAAUGAAGCAUAAAUUCCUGAAAUUUCUCUGCCUCCUUAUCUUUUCCAUCACCACCUUCGAUAUUUCCCAUGCAAAGCAACGCCGGCGGCCCAUUUCUGAAACACUCCUCCUCCACCCAACUCAUCCAUGGAAGACUCCCGCAGAGUUCCUGCUGGAAAAUCCAAACCUGAAGACAACCCUUCAAUUUCUGCUCGCUGGAAUUCUAUCCUUCAUCGCCGCCGCGAUUUCCAGCGCUGGUGGGAUUGGAGGCGGUGGCUUAUUCAUACCCAUUCUAACUAUUGUUGCCGGGUUGGACCUCAAACUGGCGUCCAGCUACUCGGCUUUCAUGGUAACCGGAGGAUCGCUUGCUAAUGUCGCGUGUCAAAUGUUUGCAAAACGCGGCGCCAGGCCGCUGAUUGAUUACGACAUAGCUCUGUUGUCGGAGCCAUGCAUGCUCCUGGGUGUGAGUUGUGGUGUAAUCUGCAAUCUCGUGUUCCCCGAGUGGUUAAUCACUAUAUUUUUUGCGAUUUUUCUCGCCUUUUGCACCUUCAAAACCUGCAAAUCAGGGGUUUUGUUCUGGAAAUUGGAAUCAGAGGAGGUGAGGAGGAACGAAUUUCCACGUUCUGAGCUGGAAUCUAAAGAACCCCUGUUGUUAAGUGCCGAAGUGGGAGAGAGCAAGUCGGGAAUUCCAUGGCUGAAGCUUGGAAUGCUGAUUCUGAUCUGGUUUUCCUUUUUAGUGUUAUAUCUCUUUCGAGGAAACCGCAACGGACAAGGUAUUAUCCAUAUAGCGGCUUGUGGAACAGGAUACUGGAUGAUCUCAUCAAUUCAAAUUCCUCUAGCAGUUAUCUUCACCACAUGGAUCCUGCAUUGUGGAAAGAGUCCUAAUGCUAAAUUUUCCACUGUACAGGAAAAUGGAAGUGAAACCAGAAAUCUGUCAUCUGAGAGGCUCAUUUUCCCUGUAAUGGCACUACUAGCUGGGGUGCUAGGAGGCAUUUUUGGAAUCGGGGGUGGUAUGCUUAUAAGUCCGCUUCUUUUCCAAAUAGGAGUACAACCUGAAGUGACAGCGGCAACCUGUUCCUUCAUGGUACUGUUCUCCUCAUCCAUGUCCGCGAUUCAGUACCUAUUGUUGGGCAUGGAGCACAUAUACGGAGCACUAACCUAUGCAGCCAUUUGUUUUAUUGCCUCGCUAGUUGGUUUGACAUUAGUGCAACGAGCAAUAAUGAAACACGGGAGGGCCUCUCUCAUCGUGUUCUCGGUUGGUACGGUGAUGGCUUUGAGUACUGUCCUGAUAACCAGUUUUGGAGCCGUAGAUGUCUUGAGGGAUUACACCAGUGGGAAGAGCAUGGGGUUCAAGAAACCUUGCUAAUUCACUACUUCAUUAAACUUGAUUUUGGGACAGUGAAAACUACUUAAUACCUACCAAUCUAUGUACUUCAAAUCGAGUAAGUAGAAUGAGGUAACUCCACUAGAGUUGUAUGCUCAGAAGUCUACAACUUAAAAAUGAGGUAACUCAAGCAGUCUUAGUACCAUUUCCCCAAAAUAAUACUACUGAAAGUUCUCAUGGGUUCUUGCAGUUCCAUUGAUCAUAUUGGAGAUU